AGAAUGGUAUCGGGUCAGUCUGGUGUUGAUCGUGGUACCGUAAGCAACGAUCCUGUUCCUAGCGUAUCGUGAACGUGAACGGGCCAAGGAUCCUCGGUGUCAAUAGUGCGAAACAUUCUUGAAAGGAUAACAAGGACAACGACCUUACAAAGAUGAGCUGCAAUUGCCCAUUAACCCCGUCGACUGGUCCAACUUUAGCAUCAACAUGUGGUGGUUCAUCUUUUAUGCUCUUCAUGGGUCUUCUAGAAGUGUUUCUUCGUAGCCAAUGCGACCUCGAGGACCCGUGCAACAGACCUCUACCACCUGCCAGUGUUAACUCCAGGUACGACUUCGUGGUAAUAGGAGGAGGGAGUGCAGGAGCGACAGCAGCAGCAAGGUUAUCAGAAGAACCAAGGUUUUCAGUGUUACUAUUAGAAGCUGGCUUAGAUGAACCUACUGGAACUCAAAUACCCUCGUUUUUUUUUAAUUUCAUUGGAACUGACAUUGACUGGCAGUAUAAUACUGAAAGUGAAGAAGGAGCGUGUUUGAAUAAAGAUGAUAGAAAAUGCUACUGGCCCAGGGGAAAGGUGCUGGGUGGAACGAGCGUUAUGAAUGGAAUGAUGUACAUGAGAGGCUCACGAAAGGAUUACGACGACUGGGCCAGGCUUGGUAAUAUAGGAUGGUCUUAUCAAGAUGUCCUUCCAUAUUUCAUCAGAAGCGAAGACAAUCUUCAAGCAAACACUAUGGAUUAUGGUUAUCAUGGUGUUGGUGGACCGCUUACAGUCACUCAGUUCCCUUAUCAUCCACCUUUAAGUUACGCUAUCCUCGAAGCUGGAAAAGAACUCGGAUAUGGUGCCGCGGACCUCAAUGGAAGGACUCACGCAGGAUUCGCCAUAGCCCAAACAACUUCGAGGAAUGGUUCAAGACUUUCAACAGCUCGAGCAUUUCUACGCCCUGCCAGGAAUCGUCGAAAUUUACAUGUAAUGCUGAAUUCAACAGCCACCAGAAUCCUUUUCGAUAAUAAUAAAAGGGCAGUGGGUGUGGAAUUCGUUCAUGAUGGAAAGGUUCAUCGUGUUUCUGUGGCUAAGGAAGUGGUCGUGAGCGGAGGCGCCGUAAAUUCGCCGCAGAUACUUCUGAAUAGCGGUAUAGGUCCGCGAGAAGAAUUGAAUGCCGUCGGUGUUCCGGUUAUACAUGAUCUGCCUGGUGUCGGUAAAAAUCUUCACAAUCACGUCGCCUACACGUUGGCCUUCACAAUUAACGAUACUGACACGACUCCCCUCAAUUGGGCCACCGCUAUGGAGUACCUUCUCUUCCGAGAUGGUCUGAUGUCUGGCACAGGCAUUUCAGAGGUAACCGCUAUGAUAAACACGAAAUACGCGAACCCUAAAGAGGACCAUCCAGACGUACAAUUGAUCUUCGGUGGAUACCUGGCUGACUGCGCAGAAACGGGUAUGGUCGGUGAAAUGAAGGGUACAAAUCGUACAAUUUAUAUCAUUCCAACGUAUCUGCACCCGAAGAGUCGUGGUUAUCUUCGUCUACGAAAUAACGAUCCUCUUUCGAAGCCAAUGAUUUAUCCGAAGUAUCUGACCCACCCUGAUGAUGUUGCUGGCCUCGUCGAAGCUAUUAAAUUUGGUAUCAAGUUGUCUGAGACCCAGGCUCUCAGCAGAUACGGUUUCCAGCUGGAUCGUACACCGGUGAAAAAUUGCGAGCACUUGAAAUUUGGUUGUGACGCUUACUGGGAAUGUGCCGUGAAACACGAUACAGCACCAGAAAACCACCAAGCCGGUUCCUGCAAGAUGGGUCCACCAGAUGACCCAUUAGCUGUCGUAGAUAAUCAAUUAAGGGUCAGGGGAGUUAGAGGUGUAAGAGUGGCAGAUACCAGUAUUAUGCCCAGAGUCGUUUCCGGUAACACUAACGCACCUGCUAUUAUGAUUGGCGAGCGAGUUACUGAUUUUAUUAAAAGGACCUGGAUCGGCUAAUAAAGAUCAGUUUACCAAUAAAAGUAUUUUCUGAGAUCAAAAAUCUCCAUCCGCUGAAAGAGAUUUACAUAAUCGACCACAAUGGAAUAUUUAAUUUAAACUGUUGAAUAUUUUGAAAUUUUAGAUCAGCAUUUAUGAAAUAGAAGUGAUUCCUUGAUACUUUAAAUUAUAAUAAUUGGAAAUGUUAAAUGUAGAUUUUUUAAUGAUUUAAACGUUUUGGAUAUCAUCAUCUGUUUUAUGCUUCGAUGAACGAUUGUGUGAUGAAUUUAAUUACAAAUUUCUUUCACUAUUUUAACAUAGAGAGCUAAGGUAGCGCUGUGCGCAUUCGAUCAUCGUAGAAAAUAUAAAAAUUGAAGUGAAUAAUUCCUAUGAAAUACAUAUCGAGGAUACAGGAUGUCUCACCUAACUUAACCAA